GAAUAAAUAUUAAAAGAAAAAGUACAAGUCUAAUAAGAGCUGAUUUAAUGGAAGUCGUUAGAUCUAAAAACUCUUUUACGUUACGCCAAUGACAUAUUAGUUGUAGGAGGGUUUGACAAGGCAAACUAAGGGGGAUGAGGGUUCUUUGACUGGCUUUUGUGAGAGUGGUAGUGGCAAGUGUACUCGUUGUUGGUGCUAGAUGUUUGUGAUUCUAUGCUUUCAUAAGCAUAUCGUUCAAGUUACGAGGAUUUUAUCUUUAAAGGAAAAGGAAUAAGGAUUUAAAUGAUGGGGAAUAUAAGAAGUCUUUGUCGUUUUCAAAGAUAAAUGUAAUAAAAGAUUUCUGAAGAUUACAUUGAUUUUGAGAACAAAAGAGAAAAUUAUUUCAAUUAUUAUGAUGACCGAGAAAACGAGCUUAUCGUUUCAAUCGCCUACGAUGGAGGAGCACGAAAGAAAUCUGAUGACAGGAACGUUGGAGCAAAGAAAAGAAGCAUUCAAAGAGGACGAAGAACUCAUGAGGGAAACGACGAAAUUUGUGACGGAGGUUAUCGAAACAGCGGCCAUAGAAGCUUCCAAAAGGAAGGAACAAGAGGAGGGAGGUGACUUUGGCGAAGGCAGUAGUUUGAAAGGAGGCAAUACCAUCGCCGGCUGGAACAACCGAGCCCGUGGCUUCUGCAAUCGAAUUUUGAACGCACUUUGCCCGUGCUUCAGCAACAAUGAACUAUUCAACUGGACACCAUACCGAUAUCGCUUCACGAGACCCUAACCGUUCACCGACGGCACGAACUUCCGUUUCUUCGUUGAAUGAACGAGGUCCCGAGAAUUGUUACGAGAAAUCGACACCGAGAUGACGAGCCUAUUUAAAUCAUUCGAUGACAAAAUAAAUAACGUAAUGUCAAUUUUUGACGUGACAGUCGGAGAUAUUCUGAUUGCGAAUAAACACGUCUUAUGUGGAACUCCUUCAAACGAGAAUAGAUAUUAUUACGGAUAUCGAUAUUCCUCUACGUUUGAAAAUCUUUCCAAUCGCUUUACGAUGGUUAGGGGAUAUUCGAUAAGGAGGAAGGGGGGGGGGAGAAGAAAAGAAAAGGAAAAAAAAAGGGAUGCAAUUAAAUAAUAUCUUACGUUUUCGUCGCCUAUCGAUCUUACUCGUAAUAAUCAUAUAUCCUUUUGAUUUAUUUUUUGAACUCUGUCAAUAAAAAAAAAUUAUAAAAUUACUUUCUAAUCAAGGCUCUCUAACGCUUUUGCUUUUCUUAUCGUUAAAAUGCUUCUUUUUUCCUUCUUUCUUCUUUUCUUCUCUUUUUAAUAUUUUAUUUAUUAUUAUUCUUCUUUUUCCUUCAUUUUUUCUUCUUCUUUUUUUUUUUUUUUUUUUUUUUUUUUUUUUCUUUGUCGUAUUUCUUAGCUAUCGUGUUAAUAAAUAAACGUAUACGCUUAUCCAAACUAAUACCUGUCUGAAACGAGAUCAAUCUUUUAAAGUAAUUUUCAACGGCGUAAUUGUUAAUGUUCCAAUAAGAUCGACUGCUGUGUGUAUAAUGCUCAUGUUUAGUUUAUAGUAAAAGAGCGAGUUCUUUUAAGGAUUCAGCAACUGACGUCCACCUAAUAGACGUAUCUAUAUAACUUUACUCUAUGAGAACAUUUAAUGCCGCUUAAGUGUUCGCAUAACGUUCUAUGACACGUAAAAUAGAGAAAAGAGAGAGAGAGAGAGAGAGAGAGAGAGAGAGAGAGAAAGAGAAAGAAAGAGAGAGAGAGAGAGAAAGAAAAAAAAUGAAAGUUCAUCAAUAUCAGUGUGGUGUUAAUAUAUAUAUAUAUAUAUAUAUAUAUACAAGCUCUUUUUUUUCUUAACUAUUCUAUUUUAUGACUCGUAGAAGAUUAUAAUGUCGCGAUGAAGCGACCCGGAAGAAUGAGCGUUCCAUUAAAAUUAUAAAACAUCGUGAUUGUAUUCGUUAACUUCAAUAGCUAUAAAACAAAAAGUUGAAUAAGUUAAAAAUAAAUUUCUCUCUUUCUCUUUCUCUCUCUCUCUCUCUCUCUCUCUCUCUCUCUCUCUCUCUUCCUCAUACGACAUGAAAAAAAAAAUGAAAGAAAAGAAGAAGUCGUUUGAAUGUACAAAAUAGAUAGAAUAGAAAAUAUAUAGUAUACGUAUAUUAUAUAUAUUUGUCCUUGAAUGAGAAGGAGAGAAAGUAUUUUGUGAAGUGUGCCUACUCGUGAAUGUACUUUUCCUCUAGUGCGAGCAAAAAAGAAAAUUAAAAAAAAAAAAAAAAAAAAAAAAGAAAAUUAAAAGAAAAUAAAAAUAAAGAAACAAAAUGUAAUAUAAUAUAUACGGAUAUUGUUUGUUGUACGAAGAAAUGAUACUUAAGAAAAUUAACAAAUGCGAUUAUUUAAUUCGCAUUAAAAUAAUUUUGAAAUGGAUGAGUCAUCAUUUCGAGCAACAAAAGCGAAAAGUUCAUUAACGAGGCUAAUUAGUCCCUUAUAAAGAGGUCCAAAUGGGCGUGAUAAUAACGAUUCUUAAUUUUACGUUUAAUUAACGGUAGGAGAAGCCGGGGGCCAAAUAUGAAAAGCCGUAGGCUGUACGAAUAGUCUUUCAGAUGGUGACACCGUAAAUGUCGAUGGGUAAGAAAAUCAAUAAUUUGGUAGUUCGGUCACGAAUCGCGUAGCAACACCCGCGCCGACCUUUUAAAGUUACCUAUAUUUAUACACGUAUAUAUAUAUAUAUAUAUAUAUAUGUAUAUAUAUAUAUAUAUAUGUGUGUGUACAAAUUUUUUUGUGAAUUUGUAACAAAGAACCAUUGGAUCAAUUAUGAUGAUAAUUAUUAUUUUUUCUUUUUUAUUUAUUUUUUUUUUUUUUUUUAAGUGGGAUCAAUAAAUAACGCCGCGAAUAUUACUCGAAUGACAAUCAAAAGAUGUACCUAUUAUGCAUUUCAAUAAAUUUUCUCAGUAAUUAUAUUAUAUCAGAAAGAUUAAAGACAGAGAGAAAUAACUGAUUAAUAUUGUUAUCUAUAAUUAAAGCAUGGAUACAUUGUCUAUCGCCUUUAAAUGAUAGACGAUAUGUUUUGAGCAUAUGAUUGACAUUUCUUUUUCUAAUAAUUUUUUCUUUAUUAUAUUAACAUAAAUAUAUAUUUACAUAUAAGUGAUAAAAUUAAGAAAGAAAAGAGAAGUUACGUGAAAAUUUAAUUUGAAAGUUUUCCAAGAAAGAUAGAAAUAUUUAAUUGUCUAUGAAGAAUGAAAUAAAGAGAAAAAAAAAAGAAGGAAUAAAAAGAUAGAAAAAAAAAAACAAAAAGAUAAGUUUCAAUUGAUACAGAUCGAUCGCGUAACUUCGAGUUUUCAUGAUUGAAAGUGGAAAUAAUUUAUUAUAAAAUGCGACAAAUCGUGUAGUUUAUAAAUCGAUGUUUCCGUCUUGCAUCUGCUAAUAUAUAAAAAAAAAAAAAGAAAAAAGUUCGAAUGUAUGUAUAAUAAUGUAAUAGACAAAUCGUAUGAGAAGAAAAUGAACAUUUUUGUGCUUUGUUCGUCGAAAUAAAACGUAAAAUACGUUUA